CUACUAUAUAACAAAUAAUUUGAGUAUAGGUAUCGGAGACUCCAGUUUUUGAAAUGAAGAGCAGUUCGCGGUUUUGUGGAUCAAUUCUAUCUCCCUUCAGACAAGGAGGAAAGAAGACCAUGGGACUUAGCCUAAAGAAUGGAAACUCACCCGCACAGUUCACAGAACACUCGCAAUUAAAUCAGUUGUCUGUCCCCAACGAAGGAAAUCACAAAAAUGACCUACAGAAUUCUUCUAUUACACCCGAGAAUGGCCCCUCGAAACAUGAUCUCUCGUCAGAUAAUUCAUCUUCAACUAGCACUGGCUGUGACACAGACGACAUUAUCCGCCUAAACAUAAGUGGAGGUUACUUUGAGGUAACCUUGACGACAUUAAGCAGAUACAGCGAUACAUUGUUGGGUUCGGAAAAUGACCUGAGGAAGUAUUACUUGGAAGAUAGGAAUGAGUACUUCUUCGAGAGGAAUCGACUUAUUUUUAGCGCAAUACUAUACUUCUACCAAAGCCGAGGAAAGUUCUACCGACCUACCUGUGUGACAGAAGAACAAUUUUCGGAGGAAAUUCGCUUUUUCAAACUUGAGGACCAUUACGAAAAAUAUGUAGAGAACAUGGAUGAUGAAGAUAAAGAUUCGAUCUCAGACGAAGAUAAAACCUUUUUACGGAAAUGUUGGGAUUUCUUCGAAGAACCUGACUCCUCUAGGGCUGCACGUGUUUGGGCUAUUCUUGAUGUUUUGGCCAUCACUCUAGCAGUUGCCCUCUUUAUCGUGGAGACAAUGCCAGAAAUCAAAAAAGCCAUUGAUUCAAAGGAGCCAAACAGCCAGAAAACGACCUUCUUAAUAAUAGAAACAGUUUGUAUCAUGUUCUUCACCAUUGAGCUCAUCGCUAGAUUCAUCUGCUGUCCUGACAAGUUUCUAUUCAUAAAGACUGCCAUGAACUGGAUAGACUUAGUCACUGUCCUGCCGUUCUUCAUACAGUUUAUGACAGCAGAGAAUAAAGGGGGAGAAGCUCUUGUCAUUUUGAGGGUUCUAAGAGUGAUCAGAGUCCUAAAGCUUGCAAGGCAUUCCAAAGGUAUUGUGAUAGUAACAAAGACUCUAGCAGCCAGUGUAAACGAGUUAGCACUCUUACUUUUCUUCUGGUUCAUAGGAGUUAUCAUAUUCGGUUCUAUAAUGUACUACUUGGAAUUCAAAGAAGACUUGGUUGGUUCCGCAGACGAGAGCAAGUUUAGAUCUAUACUAGAGAGCUCGUGGUGGGCAGUAGUAACAAUGAGUACUGUUGGGUAUGGAGACAUGGUUCCUCUAACCCCAUUCGGAAAAUUGAUAGCCUCAAUCUGUAUGAUGUUCAGCAUGAUAGUGAUCGCGCUCCCAGUAACAGUGAUUGUCAGCAAAUUUACAAGAGUAUAUGCUAAGUACAAGGACAAACUAUGAGACCUUAAAAACGAAUGAAAAACAAGCCUUGCAAUUAUCUACAGAAUAUAUUGAGUAUAUUUAUGCUGUAUAGUUGACUUCUCAUUAACAAAAUGUAUAAUAGAUACAGCUGGUGACAAGGAAACUACUACACCGAUUUUCUUAUUCGAAAC